UAUACACUCUCUUUUGUUUCCAGGGGAGGACAUGGCUUAAAUCGGCAGUCCUGGAGUAUUUAAUGCUGAUUUUAAUCUAAUAUAUGCAGGGUUAACAAAUAACAUCAUUUUUAUAAAGUCAUGAAGUAUGUACUUAACACUUAAUCUUUUUACAUUACAGAAUUUAAUCAAUAAUGGAAUAUAAUGACCAGUUAGGAUUUUAUGAUUCUGGAUACAAUCAACAGUCAUGAUUAUGGUAAUGAUCAACAGCAAUCUUACGGAUAUGGGGUAGAUUACAACCAAGGCUUUGGGGACACUGGUGGUUUCAAUCCUGCCUAUAAUCAACCAUAUAGUCAACCUUCUCCAACUGUUAUGACUCCAAAUUAUGGAUAUGAAGCACACAAUGCUGGUGGAAAUUAUAGCAAUUUUGAAGAUGAACCACCACUGCUGGAAGAACUUGGAAUCAAUUUUGAACACAUAGGAUUAAAGACGAAAUCAGUAUUACACCCCUUUGAAGUUCCAGAUCCUAGCAUAAUGGACGAUACAGAUUUAGCAGGACCUUUAGUUUUCUGUGUAGCGUUUGGUGCAUUCUUACUUCUUUCUGGAAAAGUUCACGGCUUCGGCUACAUCUACGGCGUCGGUGUCUUGGGAUGUCUUUCGUUGUAUGCUGUUUUAAAUCUGAUGAGUAUGACAGGUGUCACCUUAACUUGUGUCAUUAGUGUGCUUGGCUAUUGUUUGUUACCUAUGGUGAUGUUGUCUGGAUUAUCUGUUGUUACGACUUUAACAGGAAUGCUUGGUAUGACACUAACAAUAGCGGUGAUAGCAUGGUGCAGCCUAUCCGCCUCAAAAUUAUUUGUAACUGUCCUAGCUAUGGACCAUCAACAAGCUUUGGUAGCGUAUCCUUGUGCACUCGUAUAUGGCGUGUUCGCCCUUCUCACUGUUUUCUGAAGAAUAGUAACAAAAUAAAGAAUUUAUAUAAACUAACAUCUCUAUUUGAAUAUUUCUUUUUAUUUAAACUAUACAAGUUUGAUGUUCAUUCUGUGCUUUCUCAAAACAUUGUUGCUCAUGAAAUAUUUUUAUAAAAAUUUUCUUCCAAAAUCAGAGGUCAGAAAAUAAUGUAUUUUUAAAUGGUUGUAAGUACAGUUUGAGAGGUUAUAAAAUGUCCGGUUAUUUUUUUGUAAGACCUGUUGUUCUUGUAAUCAUGGUGAAUCUUGUUGAUACAGACGCUAACAAGGCGCUUAUUUUUAAUUUAUCUGCUGAACCAAGCGCUUAGGUAUGCUAGGCAUUGAUAACCCUAAAAACGUAAAAUAAGACUUUGACGGUAAAAACCUUGAAUAGCCAUCAUUCUCAAAAACAUUGAAAUAUCAUUAUUCCCCAAAAUAAUUUGGGGAAUAAUAAUAUUUAUGUAUUUCUUUUAGUUGCUAACAAGAAUUUGUGUAUGUGUGUUUAGAACCUUAUUUUAACAAAAAAAAACAAUAAGUAGUUAAAGAGUGGGGAAAAAAACUUAAAAACCUUGAAAAUGUUAUUAAUUUCCUGAUGUCCUGUUAUUCAGAUAGGGCGCUUAUUUAGUUAGGGGUGCCUAAUUAGCUGUUUACCAUAAUUAAACUUUGAUUCUUGAAAUUUUUAUGGGAUUUUUACCUCGAUUUUUUAAUAUACUCACCAAGAAUUUAUACAUUUAUACAACCUUCUUACUUCGGUGUAUCUGUAGAAAUAUUUCCCCCGAGUCUUUUUGUUUGCUUGUUCCCUCAAUCAAAUAACACUCGAAAUGGAAUUUUUUUGGGCCUAUUAAAAUAAAGGCUGACUAGUUAGGCCGUGGUAACACGUAAUAGUUUAGACAACAAAUUACCAGAGUGUUAUGGAUAAAAGUGGUAAUAAAUUAUAUGAAAUAUGCUUUAAGCAACUUUGUUUCCAAACCUCCAGGGAGGUGUGUAAUCAUAAGUUGAUAUAUAGUAAAAUGUACCUUUAUUUAUAUUUUUAAAUAAAUGUUAAAGACAAUAA